AUGAAGUCGUCGCCUAUUGUCCAAGGUAAAAACAAUUCAUUAUACUGGCAGUACUUUGAACUGUAUCAUGGCAUUGCUUGUGAUUGUGCUGUUUCUCUGCAACAGCCUUGAUUUCUCUGAGUCUGCUGUGUGCAGAUGGAUUUCCAGGUACAGUAUGUUUUGUGAACAAAAAAUGUUUUGGUUUUGGAGUAUGUGGAAAACAUUUUUUUUUACUAACUUUUUUCUUUUCUCUCUCUCUCUCUAGCUUCUGAGUUUAAAUCCCCAGAGAUCAUUGGACCUGACCAUGUCCAAAUAAAAGCUCAUCCAGGUACAAAAAAAACCCCUUAAGUUUUCUGAUAACUAUAGCUUUUCAGGUGCGCUACUGUGGAACAUCUCAUAGAUGAUGACACAGUGAACCAUUUACAAUCUGUGCAUGAAUUUAAACUAUAUAUGGUCAAACAGAUCUGGAUGCUACCUUUCUUGCAGGUGGGCAGCUGGUUCUUAACUGUGAAGCGUUUGCAAACUGUGAAGUUGAUAUGACGGUCAUCUACUGGCUUGUGAAUGACUCUUUUCCCGAGGACACGCCCAGCAGCGGCAGAAUGGUCGAAUCAGAGGAGUGAGUAAAACAGAGUUUUACUUUAAUCAAAAUCAUCUUAAAACAAAAAGUUGUUUCAGUGAAAUUUACUUAACAAAUUUUUACAAGUGAGAGAAGAAGGAAAUCCUGAAUAAACUUUGCCAGCCAACAUACAAAUAAUGCAUCCUUAAUGUUUUAGAUCCACAUUAGAGGACGGUGAAAUCCUUCAGAGGAGUUUGCUGUUGAAGAACGUCACAUCAGAGGAUCUUAAAUCCACCUUCACAUGUGUGGUUACCAAUGCUGCUGGAACAGCCAUGAAACACACGACAUUAUCAACAAAAAGAAGCAGAUGCAAUGUAGGAAAAAACAGAAAAUACUAA